GUUCUAAGUUCGUAGUGAAAAAUGGCCGGCGCCAACGAUUGUUUCAGCAUCGGGAGUACCGUGGCCUGUAAAACCUGUUACAAGGAGGAGAUCGAAGGCGAGGUGCUAGCAUUCGAUCCACAAACUAAAAUGUUAAUCCUAAAAUGUCCGUCAUCCAGCGGAACUCCAACAUUAAACGAUGUACACAUAGUAAAUUUAUCCUUGGUAUCAGAGGUCCAAGUAAAACGAGAAGUUAGUCCUACCACUAGUGAACCACCACAAAGCCUUAAUUUGCAAAAAUUGAAUAAAAGAGUACGUAAUCAAAUUGAAGAGAAAAAAAAACUGGUAAUGGCUCUGCAGGCCGGAGUAUCUCCAGAAGGACAAAAACUCUUCAGUACUAUAUCAAAGACUAUCCCAGAAAUUACGUGGAAUGGAGCAAAUAUUGUUGUAUUUGACAAUGUCACGAUUAGACCACCAUAUAAAGUUGAUAAUGUUCAUGGAAAUACAGAGUCUGGAGCAUAUAAGCAUGUGAAGAAAGUAGUUGAAAAACAUAUUAAAGAUACAGAAGCAUCACAACAGGCACAACAACAACGGGAACAGCAACAACAACAAAAACAAAAAGGAGAAGUUCCAGUCUUUGAGGAAAAGUAGGAAAUGACGAUAACAAGAUACUAAGAAACAAAAAAAGCCACUGCAAAAGUACUACAUAAGCCUAUCAAGAAAAUCAGCAUCACAGAUUGAGUUCAAAUUUAUUUGAAUGAAAAUGCACUUCACGGGAAUCAAGUGCAAAUCAAUUAUUGGAAUUUUAAACGAGUACCAAAAAAUAAUUGAUAAUAUCGUAUGAGCAGCAUUUUGUAAAUCAAUAAAACACACCGUACUCGAUUUUUAACAAAGAGCAUGAUCUUUGAUGACAGAUGCUGUUUAUUUUAUCUAAUAAGCUGCCAUACAAUUUUAGGUUCUACUGGAACUAUUGUUCAUGUGCUCUGAUGCAGGUGUGUUUUAGUUUAGUUUAACAUUGUUACAAAAUACGUUUAAUAGUUGUUUACAGAUUAUUGAUGUAUGUACAUGAUGAUAGCAUGAUUCAAUUGCCAUAUGAGUAUCAACUUUUUUAAAAUAUAAAUCGGUCAUCGUGGUAUAAUUUAAGCCCGUAUGAAACGGUUCAAUAUAUUUUUAAUUACUAUCGCAAGUGGAAAAACAAAUGAUCAACGAAAAUUUUCAUACGCGAUUCAUUCGACUUCGAUGAUACUGAUUGAAAUCUUACGUUCACUCGCUAAUUGUAAAAUCAAUUUUUAUUAAAUCACUCAUUAUAUUAUAUUAUAUCGAUCUUUUGAAAUUUGUAAACAAAAAAAAAAGAGGAGAAAAAAUGUAAACAUUGCACUUCAUCACGCCUGCGUCGGCACGAGACGUCUUCAGUCACGAUACGACAUUGUAAAAUGAAGGACAUUCCCUUGCAUAGAGCAAGUUAUAAAAUUGUUAUUUAAAGAAACAUCAACCUUGGUUUAUGCAAGGGCAAUCUAUUCUAAUAAUAAACCAGGAAUAAUUUCAUUUACAAUGAUGGAAUACAGAACUCGUCUCGUGCCCUUUACCUUCUGAACGCGGAGAAGAUAUAAGACAGAAGAAAAAAAAGAAAGAUUAUAAAAAUUAAUUACAUGAAAAGACACAAAUAAAUGUAAUAUAAAUUCUA